AACUGGUUCCUACAAUGACUAAACUGGUUCCUACAAUGAUUGACAAUGGAAUAUUGUCUGAUGUGUGUCCGGUGAGCAGACAAUCUCACUGGAGUGAAUUACCAAACUAAGGUGAUCCCUCUACAUGGGCCUGAAGAAAUGGAAGAAGAACUCCACCUCCACCAAGGCCACUUAAGUAGAUAUCAGGAAUUCACAUUGCCUGUGUGAUAAACAAACAGAUAAUAAGGAGGGAAGACAGCCUGGCGCAUGGGAUUAUCAGCAAUGUGACCUACUGAGUGACCCGGGAGCUGCCUAUAAAUACGUGUGUCUGAGGGCAGGUGAGAUACAAUCAGCUCUGGAGUCGCAUUCGCCAGUUCAACAGAGAGUCAUAGGCACUUCAGGAUCAUGAAAUCAACCCCAAUCUGCUGCCUGCUGCUCCUCCUCUCCCUGAUCUGCUACAGGGGCCACAGCGCCUCCCUCUCUGGGAAUGAAAUCAGGGUGUCGGGAAACCAGAUCUCUGAAACAGCAAUGGAGGAAUCCAAUGUUCUGGAGCCUCUAAUUAGGAGCAAGAGACAUUCCCACCUCUCCAUCUGCAUCCACUGCUGCAACUGCUGCAAAUUCAAGGGCUGCGGCAAAUGCUGUCUCACCUAAAGACUCCGCCUUCUAAUCCAGAGGGGCGGGGCCUAAUCAACAAAACGAAUCCAGAGGGGAGGGACCUAAUCAAGGAGCACAAUGUCUGGCUGGAGAAAAGGUCCAAACUCAUGAUCAGAGGAGGCCAAGCUUUGGAUCUUCCAUUGGGGUUGGACAUCGUCUCCCAGAACAAGAUAUAGUCUUGCCCAUUACUGUUUCCCACCAUCUGAAUAUAUUUAUUUAUUAUAUUUCACACUCUCUCUGUCAUACCAGUGGCCUCGGCCGCUCCUUUAUAUUUAUAACUUGGUUUGUGUUACAUGUCAAAUGUUUUUAUUUAGGGAUGCACCAAAUCCACGAUUCGGCCUUUUUCAGCAGGAUCCCUU